CCCGAGCGCGGGAGGGGGGCCCCGGCCCGGAGCGGGACCGGCCGGAGCGGGGCCGGGUGGACUCAGCGCCCCCCGCCGGCCGCGCCGGGGCUGCGGGGCCCCAGCAGGCCGUACGGUGCUGCGAAGCUGCGGGCGCGCAUGCGCGGUGCGUGACGCGACGGGCGCGCCCCGUCCGUGCGGCCCCAAGGGCAGGCGGCGAUGGCGGCGGCCGUGGUGGCGGUGGCGCGGGGAGGGCUGCGUGGGGCCCUGCUGGCGCAGCAGCAGCGCUGGAGCUCGGGAUCGGGGUCGGGCGCCGACCAGCUGGGCGAGCUCGGCAAAGGCGCCGGAAAGGGCGGCGGCGGCGGCGGCGCCAUCCGUGAGGCCGGCGGUGCCUUCGGGAAGAAGCAGGCGGCGGAGGAGGAGCGAUACUUCAGGGAGAAGGAGAGGGAGCAGCUCGCCUCUCUGCGCAAACACCACGAGGAGGAGAUCGAUCAUCACAAGAAGGAGAUCGAGCGGCUGCAGAAGGAGAUUGAGCGCCACAAGCACAAGAUCAAGAAGCUGAAGGAUGAUGACUGAGCAGCUGCUGAGUGUGCGUGGGCUGUGGGGCAGCCCUGCACCGCAGAGCCCCCGCUUCGGCCAGCGCAACCCAAACGCGGCUGGGUAUGCCACGGUCUGCAGCAAUGUCAAAUAAACUACUCAGCCUCUGUUCUCUGUUCUUUAACUUUAAGGAAACAAAAUCUGCUGUCUGGUGUUAAGCUUCAUUGUUCUUUCAAAUUAAGGAUGUGCUCUGA